AUGCCUGAUCCUCCGUGCAGCGGACUGAUUCUCCUGCCUGUCGCUCUGUCAGAGACAGCCCAAUCACAGCCCUCCCAAACGGACCCGAUCCAAGCCCCGCCCCCCCAGCUGCAUGCCGUAUCCCAGCGACCGGCCUCAGUGGAGAUCCCGCCCCCUCCUCCCCCCGCUGGAGAGCCGGCCGAGGCGGGGACCGUGGGGGAGGAGUCCGUCAGCAUCUCCUUACCCAAAGACUCGACAGACGCAGAGAAUGCAGCUCCACUCUCUCCCCCCUGCCCCCCACGCCUGAUGCUGCUAACUGCCCUCCUGCCCCUCUUCAUCACCCUGCUUGUCGGCCUGGCCAUCACAGGCUGUGUGGAGGCAGUGGGUGAUGGGUGGGGCCGCAUCGUGGGGGGCAGUGUGGCCACCGAGGACAGGUGGGGGUGGCAGGCCAGUCUGCGCUGGAGGGGAAAACACGUCUGUGGAGGAGCCAUCAUCACCAAGCGCUGGAUCAUCACUGCUGCACACUGUUACGACAUGCUGGAGGUGGCAGACUGGCAGGUGGUGGUCGACACACUCAGUGUGUCAGAGAGCACUGCGGGAACGCACUACAAGGCCCUGCAGAUACACUGUCACCCGCGCUUUUCAACAGACAACAAUGACUACGACCUGGCCCUGAUCCGCACAACACAGGAGAUAGAGAUGAGUGGUGGCGUGUGGCCGGUGUGUUUACCCAGCCCUGGAGAGCUCUUCCCUCCCGGCUCGCCCUGCUGGGUGACAGGGUGGGGCUACACUCAUGAGGGGGGUUCCGUGUCUCCCGUGCUGCGCCAGGCAGAGGUACAGGUGAUCAGUCAGCCCACCUGCUCCCAGCUCUCUGUGUAUGGCCCUUACCUGACCUCCCGCAUGCUGUGUGCUGGGAGCAUGGAGGGAGGGGUGGACUCCUGCCAGGGGGACAGCGGAGGUCCUCUGCUGUGCCAGUCAGUGUCGGGGGACUGGAGGCUGGCCGGGGUGGUGAGCUGGGGAGAGGGCUGCGGCCGGCCAAACAAGCCUGGAGUCUACACCCGUGUGACCGAGCUGCUGCAGUGGCUGUACCAUUACAUACAGGUAGCUCCCGCUGCCGGGUAG